CAUCGCCAAAAGCCGGUGCAGAUCGCGUACGAGUCGGCGCCCGUGGCCCUGUCGGCCGACUUCCUCAUCGCAGACCCGCCCGACGCCCGGCCCGUGACGCUCACGGCCGUCGACUGGGCCCAGACGGCCGUGCCCGAGUUCGCCGGCCUAUACGCCGUGGUGCUGGAGCACGUGCUCAGCGCGAGCGAGUGCGCGACGCUCCUACGGCUAGCCGAGGACAGUGUGCCGCCAACACUGCGCAACAGCGACAGCGCGUGGAACCCGGCGCUGGUCAACAUCGGCGCCGGGUUCGAGGUGCUCGACCCCGGCUACCGCAACAGUGACCGCAUCAUCUGGGACAACCAAGAGGUCGUCGACCGGCUGUGGGGCCGGUGCCUGCGCGCGCCGGGGCUCGGCGAGCGCUUGGGUGUUGUCGAGAAUGACCCGGCCGUCAUGGGCCCGUCGCGCCGCGGCCGCUGGGAAUUCCGCCGCGUCAACGAGCGCAUGCGCUUCCUCAAGUACGCCGGCGGGCAGUUCUUCAAGCCGCACUGCGACAGCCCGUACCGCGAGACGAGCGCCGACGGCAGCAGCACGCUCGAGACCGUGUUCACGGUGCACCUGUACCUGAACGACUCCAAGGCGGAAGCCGAAGCCGGCGACAGGGACGCGACCGAGCUCGUCGGUGGCGCCACGUCGUUCCUGUCGUCAGACGAGAAGCGCCGCGAGGACGUCAACCCAAAGGCCGGCCGCGUGCUCAUCUUCCAGCACCGCCGCCUGCUACACUCGGGCGACGACGUCGUCAAAGGUGUAAAGUAUACUAUGCGCACCGAUAUCAUGUACGAGCGCGUUCCGGACAGGGAGGAUGAGGCGGCGGUG